UGCGACCCUUUCCGCAUCAUGCUGGCCCCGACUGCGCUUUUGCUCGGCAUUGCGCUGACGUUGUACCCGGGCGACGUCGCUGCGCUCGAGGCCAACAAUGGCAACUUUGACAACUGGAACACCAACCAGUGGGGCAAUUUUCAAGCUCAAAACCCAACGAUCAACAACAACAACAAUGCCCAAGUUUGGGACGACAACAACCGGCUCCACAGCACUCCAGCCGUCGGUCCCGAGAACGGCUGGAACAACGGGGGACGCAACCCCGUGCCGUGCCCGGAUGGACCGACCCGACCACCGACGCCUUGGACGCGUGCGCCUUCCGACUCGCACGCCUUGCCCUUCGCGCACCACUGCACCGUGCCCGACGACGUCGUUUCCUCCGUGCCCUACGGCUCCUUCUACCAGCAAGCCAUGCCCGACGAAGACUCCGUGCCCAACAAAGACACCGUGCCCGACAACAACGCCAUGGACAACGACGACGCAACCGCCUUUGCCGCCUGUUCCGACUUGGACACCACGUCCGACGCAAACACCGAGCCCUCCGACGCCAACCUCAACGCCUUCAUCGACUCCGACGCCGGUGCCAACCCAAACGCCAUCGCCGACGCCAACGCAAACGCCUCCAGCUCCGUACCCGACGACUCCCGCGCCAAGCCAGACACCGACGCCGACAACGACGAUGCCGGUGACCAAGCCCCCGACACCGACACCGACGCAAACAACUUGGUCGCCGACGCCUCCGGUCACGACACAGCCUGUGUCGACGCAAACACCGUCGCCGACUCCAACGACAACGCAAACUCCUCCAACUCCGUACCCGACGACUCCCGCGCCAAGUCAGACGCCGACGCCGACCACGACGAUACCGGUGACCAAGCCCCCGACACCGACACCGACGCAAACAACUUGGUCGCCAACGCCUCCGACCCCAACUCAGCCCGUGCCGACAGUAUCGCCCACGCAAACGCCUUGCUCGCCGAUGCCCCCGAUUCCGACCCCAACCCGACGCCAAGCCCAACAGUGCCGGGUCCGACGCCCAGUAACCCGUCGCCGAAGCCUACCGCACCGGGUCCAUCGCCCCCUGCCCCGGGGCCAACGCCGGCUACAACGACGCCGUCGCCCAAGCCCGGUCCGACCCCCGUGUACCCGCCACUUCCGACUGUGCCUGGCGUUUCGACUCCGUCGCCAUCAACGCCGGGGUACCCCACGCCGAACCCGAUUUUGACGCCGAUUCCACCGUUUACUAUUUCACCGACAGUCACGACCGUGAGCCCGGGGACGCCGACGCCGUCUGGCGGCACUUGCCAGUGGAAGUACGUGUGCGACGGAUGCCGCGACUGGUUUUCGCAGUGCGGCGGGAUUGGCUACAGUGGCCUGACAACGUGCCCCGCAGGCUCGAUGUGCCAAAUCCUUUCGCCGCAGUACUCGCAGUGUGUACCCACCGACUCGACCGCCCACGGCAAAUCGUGCGUCGCGCGCGAUGGCACCAUGGACACCAAGGCAUGCUCCGCAGGCUACACGUGCGAAUGGAUGGGACCUGGUAUCGCUCAGUGCCAUCGCCGCACCACCAGCUGCAACCAGCCCAACCCGGUCCCAACGCCUGCGUUGUCGACACCCCAGCCGAACCCGGUCCCAACGCCGGCAAGCUCUGUGCCAACGGCAACGCCAGCCACGACGCAACCAGCGUACGCUGCCAACCAACAAACCAGCGCUGCGAGUGGGGUCUUGGCCUUGUCGGCCAGCGUCGCUGCCCUUGCGGGCGUUGCUACAUACCUCUUUUAA